GUUGGCGUGGCGGGCAGCGCGUUCUCGGUGCGAGUGGAUGAGAGCGACACGGUGGACGACUUAAAGAAGGCGAUCAAGGCGGAGAACCCAGCGACGAUCACGUGCGAUGCCAAGGACCUGCAGCUUUCCCUGGCGAAGACGGCGGACGGCGCGUGGCUCUCAUCGAAGGACCCUGAUGUGAUUUCUAUGCGAAGUGGAGGCAUUCCUGAACAAGUGAAGACACUGCUGAACGUGGAAAUGGACCCAGCAGAUGAGAUUGCCGAUGUCUUCGUACCAGCUCCGCAGAAGAAACAGGUCCACGUGCUGGUGGUG